AGAUAUUGGUCAAUCAGUCAGUCGGCUUGAAUAUCUCUUUGAACUGGAUACGGAGUGAUCAAAAAGGGAAAGUGAUCCCCACUAGUGACUUCCACGCACAAGUCGCCUAAAAAUUGCACAAUUCAAGUUGAAGAAAACGGGAAGCAAGAAGUCCUCUAGUUUGUAUCUGAAGCUUAUCGCACACGGGCGGUUUGUAAGUGCUUUUCUUGCCGAAGUGGUGCCAAUUUGUUAUAGGAUUGUUUUGCUUUGAACGAUGAAAUCUGUCGUAUUCCACAAGUGACACUGAAAUUGAACCAUCGAAAUUUUGCAACAUGCUUCUUCACAUAUUUCCGCUCAUUUUGGCGGUAGUCCUCCACCUCGCCAGAGGUAUCCAGCAGGAAGAUUGGCAACCCUUCCAACCACUAUCACAGAGUUAUGUAGGACUCACAUCUCAAGAAUACCAGCAGGCUCCAUCGGGAGGUCAGUGCGAGGUCCACAAGAUUGGCUUCACUCAGGACCUAUACUUCCAAUAUGUUCAAUAUAAGACGGACAUGCCAGAUUUGAAAGAGUUCACCCUCUGUUUCUGGAGCAAAUUCUCCAAUCAUUCCAACGAUCAUCCACUGUUCUCUUAUGCAGUCGACGGCCAGCCACGUGCCAUCUACUCCUGGAUAUCGAACACCGAGCGAUCCAGUUACUUCAGCAUGGCAGUCGAGGGGCACACAUUCUACCGCCUAAACUACCCGCUCAGGCUGAACAAAUGGUAUCAUACAUGUCAAAGUUGGAACGGCAAGACUGGAGAAUGGCAAAUAUGGGUCAACGCGGAGAGGGUGGGACGCGGUUUCCACAACAGGUUGGUUGGAACUAAAAUACCAGGUGGAGGAAUUGCCAUAAGUGGUCAAGGACAAACUCAACUUGGAGGAGGAUUUCAAGAGGGAGCUCAUGCACCACAAGGUUCCGGAGGAAUGUUAGGAGAAAUAACCAUGGUGCAACUAUACAACGUCGCCUUAACAGCCGGCAAAGCUCACAAAGACCACAAACAUCACCACGCCCAUCAGUUCGACAAAAACGGCGUACCAAUAACCACAACACCCAAACCAACAACCCCACCUAGCCAAACUCUUCCCCAACAUCCUCUCCUCACCGGAGGUCAGUUGAACCGCGGAGUUAAGAUUAACCUAGCUGGAGGACAGCAACCAGAAGCCCAACUCAUACCGAUACCUGGACAGAGUUACAACGCCCAGUACAUCAACGGCCAGUUCGUGGAGAGUCUCGUGGCCAAACAGUUCCAAUCAGGUAAAGGACCACAAGCGCAAUACGUACAAAUUCCUCAACAACAACAAGCACUUCUGCAGGCAGCCCAGCUGCAACCACUACAAACACUACAAACACAAGGAGGAGGACAACUGUUGAUACCAACAGAUGGUGGAUCUUACUCCUCACAAUCUUUAUCUCUUGGUGACUCUCCACUAAUUGGAGCUAGCAUCAUCCACUCAGCAGCCAAACGGGAGACUUCCCAGAAGAACAAGAGGGAUAUCUUCUUGGCUGGAGGACACAUAUUGGACGGAAGCAUUGGUGCAGAUGAAAUAUACUCCCAGAGCCUUCUAGAAGGCUUGGCAAGUAUUGGUCACAAUCAACCAAUUCUCGAGCAACAGAAACAGAGCGAUGAAAGAGAACCUGCCGAAGCUGAGGUAAAGGCGGUUAUGAACGUGUGUAGUGGAUGCGACGAGGAACCCUUCGAGAAAGCUUUGGUAUUUGGUUGGAGGACUGUCGCGAAAAAAUUGUACUCUGGAGCUUUUUACCUCCCUGCUGUGCCGCAGUGCAAGGCGUUCUAGGAUCGUCGCUCAUGAAAAUUUGUUGUUGAGUUUGUAUUUUCUAUUUUUAUACGAGUAAUUUAUUGUAGGUAAUUAGCGAAACUAUUAAAUAGUAAAACAGAA